GCUGGCUGCCUAUUGAUUGGAAAACAACGGACUGUGGGAGGACACAUAAGGGUGGCUGUGGGCUAACGGGUGAGGGAAGGGAUACAGACCGAAGCUCACACCGCCGUCUUCACGUCCCUGAUUCUGUUUCUCUGGCUUUCCCCCUGGAAUGACUGUGACUGCUGCUGCUCGUCGGUGGGUUUUGCAGCGGAGGGAGGCUUAGGCACAGAUUCUCCUCUUCUGAGAAGAUCCUGCCGACACACCAAACCAGAACAACAGCGGCACAUCUACUGCAGGGCUCAGAGAUUAACAGACGGGGGUCACCAUGGAAGCCCCUCUCGUGUGUUUGGAUGAGGAGUUUGAGGACCUCCGGCCCUACCGCAUGGAUGAGCUGGACCACCCGGCGCUCAAACACACCUCUUACUCCACCACCACCACCGUCCCCCUGGCCUCUAUCACCCGCGAGGACUUCUCAGAGCUGGAGAACUUCUCUGAGAUGAUGAGCUUCAAGUCGAUGGAGGACCUGGUGAAUGAGUUCGACGAGAAGCUCAAUGUGUGCUUCCAUAAUUACAACACCAAGACGGAGGUCCUGGCGCCCAUACGCAACCAGUCGCACAACCAGGAGGAUGAGCAGAGGCUGCAGGAUGAAGAUGUGUGGGAUGCUCUAACCGACAACUACAUCUCCACCUGGGACGGCACCGACUCAGAGGGACUCAACGGCAAUCUUUCUGAGCAGGAGAUCCAUGAAAAAGAGGAGGAGGAGAUGAAUGAGAAGAAUGACAAUGCCAACUGCCUGAAGGAAGAGCCUCUCAUCACAGCUGAUCAGGUCAUUGAGGAGAUAGUCGAGAUGAUGGAGAACUCUCCGGAUCCUGGCGAAACUGAGGAAGAGGAUGAAGAGGAGAGCAGCCACUGCUCCUCCAGAACCAACCCCUCCCUGCUGGAGGAGAUCAGGCAGCUGUCACAGGCCUCCAACAACAACUGCUCCUACGAAGGUCAAAGAUAAUCCGUUACUGUUUUAAAAAAAUAUGAAUUAAUGCAACUUGCUAACUGACACGAGGGCUGCGGUUAAUGAGAGUCAUUUGUAAAUUUCCUCAGCUGGUCUGGGAGGUGAACAUGCUGCAUUCCUGUCAAAACAUUGCUUCUUUUAGAGCUGCUUAUGUGAUAGUGAAUCUUUUCUGGCCAAGUCUUUAGGUUACAAGUUAAGACCCCAGCCAGCAGAGUCCUUGCCAUAGGCAUCUCUAUUUAUAGAAGAUCCAACAGGAAGGCCAGUUAUGAUGAGUGCAUGGACAAUGGUCAAGCAUGGUCAGGGACAAACAUGCACAAAUGGCAAUAUACAGUAUGUCCAUCUUAUGUAACAAGUUGUUAAAUAUCAUAUUCACUGUCCAAAUCUUAUUUUUGGCUAGAGAUUGAAGGUAGAUUAGUAGAUUUAGUGAUCCACAUGGUUAGACUAGUCAUGUCAUUCCAGCAGGUCUAUGGAGAGAGUUCAAGAGAACGAGG